ACCGCAAACCACCAUGGCGAACUCCACCAAGCUCCUCGCCGUCGCGGCGCUGCUCGCGACGGCCUCGCUCGGCGCCGUGCUGCUCUCCUCCACCGGCACAGACGGUAUCGGCGGCGUCCCGUGGGUCGGCGCGAGCAGCAGCAGCAGCAUCUUCACCACCCUGCCGUUCAGCCCCAUGGACGUGCUGCCCCUCCUGCCGCGGCGCGUCUCCAUGGCGGCGCUCCGCGCGCUCCGCGGCGCGUCGGACAUCUUCCCGGUGUUCGUGGGCGCGGCGACGGCCGUGCCGGCGGCGGACGCGGCGGCGGGCAGCGGGGUGGUGGGGUGGAAGGGCGCCUGCUUCUACGAGAACGAGGCGUGGCUCGAGUUCAACAACGACUCCGGCACCGCCUACGGCGGCGGCACCGUCCACAUCAAGACAAGUCAAGCACAUAGCUGGACUUGCAUGGACCUGUAUGUCUUUGCAACACCGUACCGUGUUACAUGGGAUUACUACUUUCUGGGCCGUGAGCAUACCCUUGAAAUCACAGAAUGGGAAAGCAAGGCCGAGUAUGAAUAUGUGAAACAUAAUGGAGUGUCCAUCUUCCUCAUGCCGUCAGGAACAAUUGGGACACUCAGAGCACUUUGGGAUGUUUUCCCUCUUUUCACAAAUACUGGAUGGGGCGAGAAUUCAAAUCUUGCCUUUCUCAAGAAGCAUAUGGGCGCGAACUUCGAGGAGCGGCCACAACCAUGGGUUUCAGAAUUAAAUGUGGAUGACAUCCACUCUGGAGAUUUUCUGGUUUUGUCGAAGAUUCGAGGACGCUGGGGUGGUUUUGAAACCCUGGAGAAGUGGGUUACUGGAGCUUAUGCAGGCCACACUGCAGUUUGCCUGAGGGACUCUGAGGGAAAGCUGUGGGUUGGGGAAUCUGGUCAUGAAAAUGAGGAGGGAGAAGAUAUUAUUGCUAUCUUACCAUGGGAGGAGUGGUGGGACUUUGAAGUGUCAACGGAUGAUUCGAAUCCUCAGAUUGCAUUGCUUCCGUUACGUCCAGAUUUGCGCGCAAAGUUUAAUGAGACAGCAGCUUGGAAUUAUGCAAAACAAAUGAAUGGGAAGCCUUAUGGGUAUCACAAUUUGAUUUUCAGUUGGAUUGAUACUAUAAGUGAUAACUACCCCCCGCCAUUGGAUGCUCAUGUGGUUGCAUCUGUUAUGACUGUGUGGAACAAGCUUCAACCAGACUAUGCUGCCAAUAUGUGGACAGAAGCCCUUAACAAACGACUAGGAACUGAGGGUCUUGAUCUACCUGAAAUCAUAGUCGAAUCAGAGAAACGUGGGAUGACAUUUGACAAGUUGCUGACAGUUCCCGAGAAAGAUGAUUGGGUUUACAAUGAUGGCCAGUCAGCAUCUUGCGUGGCCUACGUCCUCAUGAUGUACAAGGAGGCUGGACUCUUUGAUCCACUUUCCAGUUCUAUAGAAGUCACGGAGUUCACAAUAAAAGAUGCUUACGUCCUGAACUUUUUCGAGGCCAACACAACACGGCUUCCGGCGUGGUGCAACAAAGACGACACUGUUAAACUCCCUUUUUGCCAGAUCAAGGGAAGGUAUCGAAUGGAGCUGCCAGGAUACAACACCAUGGAACCAUACGCUCACAUGAAUGAACGAUGCGCCUCACUGCCUCCGGAUUACCUGAGGACAAAGGACUGCUGAGCAGUACUAUUUAACCUUACGGCCAGCAAUUUGGUUUCUACUUCCUUUUAGUCAGUACUUAAGCUGUACAUAUAACGGUAGGUUUUGGAAUGUUUCUCUUUGAGACACACAGCGUGCAGCAAGGUACGCCAACUUCCUCGAAUAAGGAAGACCAUGGUGGCACAAACGUACAGUUUAGGCAAUACUAUGCAUCUGGUGCGCUAUAGCUUUAGGGAUCUCAAAACAUUCAUAGUUCCUUUUGGAACUAGAUAUACUUUCACAAAAAUGUAUGUGCUUUGUUGUAUGCUAAUCAUAAAUGGAUAAAACCCUAUAUAAAGUACUACGAAGUACUAGUGCUAUCUGA